GAUCUGCUUCCUAAUCCUUAUUAGGAUCUCUGUUUACCGGAGAUCCGAAUUCCCGGACAAUCUCCGCCGUUUCUUUUUUUUUUGGGGAUUUUUAUCGAGAUUCGUUCUCAUGUCUGAAGAACUUCCACAAUUUCCACCUUCUAAGCGGCAGCUUCAUCCUUCUCUGUCUUCUAUGAAGCCUCCGCUAGUUGCUCCCGGUGAGUAUCACCGGUUUGAUGCGGCGGGAGGUGGAGCUGCUGAUCAGGUUGUCGUCUCUGAUGCGAUUGUUAUUAAAUCUACUCUGAAGCGUAAGACAGAUUACGUUAACGAGAUAGCGGAGCCCAAUGAAUUGAAUACUGGUGUUCUUCAAACACCUGUAUCAGGGAAAGGAGGGAAGGCCAAGAAAACUUCUAGGUCAGUGAAGUCUAAUAAGUCUGGAACGCAAGCUUCUGGUUCUAAUGCAGGUUCUCCUGGAAAUAACUUUGCACAGGCCGGUACUUGUCGAUAUGAUAGUUCGCUAGGUCUUUUGACAAAGAAAUUUAUCAAUUUGAUAAAACAAGCAGAGGAUGGUAUUCUUGAUCUUAACAAAGCAGCUGAUACUUUAGAGGUACAAAAGAGACGGAUAUAUGAUAUAACCAAUGUGUUAGAAGGAAUAGGUUUGAUAGAGAAGACGCUCAAGAACAGGAUUCAGUGGAAGGGUCUCGAUGUCUCAAAACCAGGAGAAACAAUCGAAAGCAUAGCUAACUUACAGGAUGAAGUACAAAACCUCACAGCUGAGGAGGCAAGAUUAGAUGACCAAAUAAGAGAAUCACAAGAAAGAUUAACAAGCUUGAGUGAGGAUGAAAACAACAAAAGGUUACUGUUUGUCACUGAAAACGACAUUAAGAACCUACCAUGCUUCCAGAAUAAGACGCUGAUAGCUGUAAAGGCACCGCAUGGAACAACUCUUGAGGUGCCAGAUCCUGAUGAGGCUGGUCAGAGGAGAUACAGAAUCAUUCUGAGAAGCACAAUGGGACCAAUAGACGUGUACCUAGUCAGUCAAUUCGAAGAGAGCUUUGAGGACAUUCCUCACACUGAUGAACCUUCAAAUGUUCCUGAUGAACCUUCAAACCUUCCAUCAACAUCUGGUCUCCCUGAGAACCAUGAUGUUGCCAUGCCGAUGGAAGAGGACAGCACCGAAAGAAACAUGGAAACACAGGAACUUGAUGAUACGCAAAGAGUUUACUCUGAUAUCGAAUCUCAUGACUUUGUCGAUGGUAUCAUGAAGAUUGUUCCUCCAGAUCUGGAUCUGGGUGUAGAUUACUGGUUUCGAUCAGAGGUCGGCGAAGUCAGCAUCACAGACAUGUGGUCAGAUGAAUCUGGACCGGACUGGAACCAGAUGAUUACAUUUGAUCAAGACCACGCUGGACCGAGCGACACAGCCUUGGAGCAGCCAAAAACUCCAUCGAGCCCAACACCAGAAGAUUCCUCUGCUACGAGAUCAUCUACAGGACCACCGGUUUCUCCCACGGUUUUACGUAGCCCAUGUCCUAAGAUCGAUGAAAGCGUCGCGAUGGCUAAGGAAUCAAUCAAUCCGUUCGAAGAUUACAAGAAGUCGAUGAACCAGAUGAUUGAAGAGAGAUACAUCGAGACAGAAGAUGAUCUUAAGGAGCUUUUAAGGUGUUUCUUGGACAUAAACCCUUCUCCUCAACACAAUCUCAUCGUCCGUGCUUUUGUGGACGUCUGUUCACAUCUACGGCCACCACAUGACCGUCGUGGGAAGUCACUUGGGAAAUUGCUUCGUCUAUAUGUUAACAAUCCUCUUGAUAAUCAUGAUGACUCACACCAAACCUCUUCGUUUAAGAUGAGGAACUGAUCCUCCUCAUGUAUCUCUCUCUAUACAUAGAUGAUACAAUAUUGUAAAUAAUUUGAUUUUAUGAUU